AGGCAUUGUAGAUACACAACUCCUGCGUCCUUGGUUCGGCACUCGCCAUUGAUUAGAAGCGGUUCAUACUGUGCCUGUCGCUGCCUUCGGUUCCUUGUCCGCAUUCCAUCACAGCCAUCAACACAGCGCAAAAUCCAUGUUGAGCACAUAAUGGCCACUUCGACAGUUGAGAAUCACGGCAGUGGGGCCCAAACACUGCACUCGGGCAGAGGCGACCAGAGUAUCAACACAGGCCCCGGUGUUCUCCUCAACGUUGAUAAAUAUGUAGCGAUCCAUGGGGCCGAAGCUCCCAUUGACCUGGUGAGGUCGUUGCUCAGCCAGCAAGAAAUACAUAGCUCAGGUCCAGUACCGGGAAACACUCGCUCUGCUCAGUCUCCUACUACCCAGAUCAUCAGUUGGCUGAAAUCUCUCUCCCCCAUGGAUUUCCAUGACAGGCUUUCGUUCUUCCUGAAACAGAUGACGCCCGGAACAGGUGAAUGGCUACUGAAAAACGAAAAGUUUCUGUCUUGGAAAAAUGGCAAGGACAGAAUCCUGUGGCUCGAUGGCAUCAUUGGGGCCGGUAAAAGCAUACUGGCGUAAGUCCAUGUCUGGCUUCACCACCUAACCGAACAGAACUAAUAAGAUGAACUGUUGCUUGCAUACAGUUCCUUCAUUAUAGAUAACCUACAACGGGAGUUCAUUUCGGU